AUGAAUAAUAAAUUUUCUCUCCUUAAUGGAAUAAUUUGUCUUCAGAAAGUAGUUUCACCUGCGAACAUUGUAGCCAACCGCUUUUAUGGUGUCCCAAUAUGGAUAUGCAAAAGUGGAGAGAGAGCUUUCGGGACGUAUGGCGCAGUGACCAGGAGGAGGCAAAAGCAGAGGGAGAGAUUCUACGAGGAAAAGUACAGACAUAACCCUAACCACGUGCCCAAAUUUUCCAAGGUCAAGAAGGGCAGCUGGGGCGGCUGGAUAUAUAACCCACUCAAGCAAGUGACCAAGAAUAAUGGCUCGAAUUUUAUGUAUGAACAAAAAGUAGAGGAGGAAGUCAGUACAGAAGAAAGGGAAUGCAUAAACCGUCUUAUACAAAUUCGUAAGGAGGUUACCAAGGUGGGGGAGCCUCACCCCUACAGUGAUGGGAAGAAUGACGAAGACGGAUGCGAGAUGUUCCCACCAAAUGUAAACCUCUUCUCUAUAUGUGACAACUUUAUCGACAAAAAGAAAGAAAUAAUUAACAAAAUUGAAAAUCCACAGUAUUUUGUCGACACGCAUAUAAAGCAGCUAACGAACGAGUACACCAAUAUAAACCGCCUCCAUGAAAGUUGCACUGAGAACGGCUAUGCAAAGAUUCCAGGGUAUUUGAAAGAUGUCCGCAGGAAGAGGAGGAAUAUCUCGGGUGGGGCUCUCUGGGGCAACUGCAAGGUUGUGCGAGAUGAGGCGUGCGUAGAUAGGGAGGGUACCACCAAUCGGAUGGAAAUACCCCAAGAGGAGGGGGCGAUCGUGCACCCCCCUCAACGAUAUACAUGCGGCGAAAUGUGCCAAAAGAGGGCAUCCGGCAGAGAGAGCCCCUUUCCAAUGGAGGAACCCGAAACGUAUAGGCGCAUCCGGAAAGGCAUGGAAAGCAAUGGAAUGGAAGGCGGAGAUGAAGAAAUGGAUAAAGAAGUGGAUAAAGAGGUGAAUAAAGAGAUGGAUAAAGGAGUGGAUCAAAAAGUGGCUAAAGAAGUGAAUAAAGAAGUGGAACCACUCCUGGAGUACAACCUCACACACUUCGCAAGUGACAUAACUGAAGAGGGUGUACUUCAAAAGCGCCAAGAUGAGCAAAUUCUAAAAAAGCUUUACAUCGAAGACAUUUUAAAUUACGCAGAUGAAGGAGAAGAGAUCGACAUAAGUUGCCUAGACGUAUUCACCACGUUAAGCACAGCUGAUAGGAAUAUAAAACUGGGAUCUCUUUUUAGCAGCCAGGGAGCUUCAUUCAUUCUUUAUAAUAACUGCAUUAUUGCGUCCAAGUUCUCUAAGGGUACUCUGCAGGAAUAUUUCCACACAAGAAAUGCUUGCAGCUUAUUUGAUAAAUCGUACCAACUAAUAAUAAAGUUCACCGGGAGAGAUUGCAUUUACUUAUGUAACCAGUUCCUAUCUAGUGACCUUAAUGACAUGAACAGCAACGACGUCUGCUACGCCUGUGUGUUGGAUAACAAAGCAUACAUACUAGACACGGCUUACGUACUAAAGGGAGAAAACGAAGUCGUGCUUAUCUCGUCAGGAUACUAUAAGAAGGGCCUUUAUGAAUUCUUAAGUGACUACAUUUUAUUUUGCAGAGACAGCGGAAUGGAUGUCCACAUACAAGUCGAGACAAACAAGAGGGUGCUGUCCUUGCAGGGGCCGCUAAGCAACCUGGUCCUCAAUGAUGUGCUGGAUUAUUUUAACUGGGGAAAUGCAUCCCAAGGGAAGAAAGGGGCGAAGUUCCUAAAAAAUGUAAUAAAAGAGGACACGGAAAAAUGUCAACAUUAUGGGCUACACUUCCAACGAGAAGAAAAAGAAAAGGAUAAUUUUUUUAACAUCCCGUACAUGAGUUUUAAAAAGUUGAACGUGGUGAAAAAUGCAAAGGAGGCGAUAAAUGUGAGGGGGGAAGUAGCCCCCCCUGAUGCGAUGAACCAGUACGAAAUUCUCUGCAUUCGAUGUGGAGACACAGGAGAAGAUGGAUUCGAAUUCGUUGUAGAUAAUAGCAUAAGUGAUUACUACGUUGAAUUAUUUUUAAGCCAUGUGAAGGUAAAAUUGGCGGGAGCAUAUGCCUUGAAUAUGUUGAGAAUGGAGGCAGGGAUUCCACUUUACGGCAUCGACAUUUUUAAAAACACAACCCCCAUUACUGCAUCCCUUGCUUGGACAUUAAAAUAUAAAAAGAUUAAAGAGAGAAACAUUUUUGGGUACCAAAAUCUGCUGAAGGAAUUCAGCAUGAAGUCAAAGUUUCUACGCAUUGGCAUAGUAUCUAAGGAAUUAAUUUUUAAGACGUGCAAAAUAUUGUCCUAUCCGUAUAGGGAACCCAUUGGCUAUGUAACCUCCUGCACAUGGAGCCCCGUUUAUGAAAAGCGAAUUGCUCAGGGGUAUAUCAAAAGGGAGUUUGCCAAAAAUAAUGAAAAGGUUCUCAUAUCUAUACCUACCGACAUCCCGCAAGAAUUUUCAAAGAAAAAAAAAUAUAAAAUACUAAGAAGCAGAUCGGCUCACAAGUUUGCGCUCGCCCACGUGUGUGCCUUUCCGUUUGUGAGACAUAAGUAUUAA